AUGACGAACAGCUGCCAGACAGGAGUGCAAGUGUUUAUUCCCGCGGCGCUGAACCGACCGACGCACACGCUCUACAGCAUCUGCAUGUUGGUGCAGCCGACGAAUCAGGAGUGGACCGUCAAUCGCCGCUACUCGCAGUUUCUGCAGCUGCGGAAGGACAUUCAGCACACGCUGGCCACGCCCUGUGCGUCGUGCGCAAACUGUGCGAGCUUCAGUCGAGCGGUCAGCCGCUUUCGCUUUCCCAGCAAGUCGCUCUUGCGGACCAAUUCCGUCGUCCGCCAUCGGGUCUCGUCGUUGCAGGACUUCCUCAAGUUGCUCGUCGGACGCGUGUACAACGACGCGCCCAAGUGCAGCAGUUGCGGCCACGAGAUCCAAAAGAUGAUGCGGCCGUUCCUCAUUCGAGGAGCACAGCCGAUCAAUGGCUCCAUCCUCUCCAAGAUCAACAAGUCACUGUCGCUCGACUCGUAUGCUGUGGUGGACCAGCCAGUGGUGCCUGUGCCAGACCCGACAACGCCCCCUUUGCUCCCGAUUGCUGGCAGGGAACUCUUUAGCGCCAGUAAGUCGUCCAGCAAGCCGAUUUUCACACAUAGCCAGAGCUCACGCGGGAAGUCCAUCUUUUCGCGCAGUAAGGUCAAGCUCAGCACUGCAUCGGACGGUGCAUCCACCCAGCCAAACGAGUCGGAAGACCCCAUCAUGGAUUACUCAGACAGCGAUGAAGAUGGCGAUGGCAGGAAGUACGACGACCAACGGUGCUACGACGAGGGGGUUCCUCUCGAAGAUGCCAUGAAGCAAGUGGUGCUGCCUGAUGGAGCUCGUGCGACAUGUGAAGAAGUUGUGGUUCGACUCACGACGAUGUGGGCGGCAUACCAUCUGGAAGAGGCCCUCUCUUCGUUGCCACCCGAGCGGCUUUCACAGCAAGCCAAUUUUCUCUCGAUCGACGAGAAGGAGUACGCGUUUUAA